UCGGAUAAAAUGAUGAGAUGGAAACGAAGGUGGGUCGAAAGCUCCACCUUCUCUUGCAAGAAAGGCGAAGGCAGAAAGUUUUCUCCAUGAGCGUUUCGGGUGUCACUUCGGGUGUUCCACGCAGCGGCGGAUCUGGCGGAGGAUGAGAUUCUCCUAAGGAGCAUAAAUGCAUGAAACAUUCCCCAAAGCGGUACCACGCUCUCAUACUGGAGCUCUAGCAUGGCAAUGGAUUUCAGGAAAUGUUUAAGAUUUGGAGUUCGCAGCAGGCGAAGCAUCUUAUGCUGUAAGUCAUGUAUUAAUUCCCUUGCCAAGCUUUGAGCAAUCUUUACCAUUUACGAAAAUCUUGUCUUUGAAGUUGGGUAGAGUCAUCUUUACAGGAAGUCACGUGUCUCCGACAUUGAAGAGCGGGAACACUAAAAGAGGGGUACAUGGUUCCACGGAGGGGUUUAAGGGAAUGGGUUCGGAUUUAGCGGUCUCAAUUGAAAGAUUCUGCAACGAACCUGCUAGCGCUGACAUCAUGCACAAGCACAUUCUUGGAUAGUUGACCAAGGAUGGAGCGCCGCUACCGAUCUUUGCAGCUGAAUGAAGCACUUUCUCGAAGAAAUGAUUAUGCUGAGGCAUGUAGGGAGCUACGAUGUAUUUUGAGGGCUGUCUAUGUUUACGCUCCUAUUUCCUUUCAGGCGCUGCUAUAUGAGGACGUCGAGCAUGCAUUUCACACUCUUUCCAAAAAGGAGAAAAGAAUGGAUGACAUCAGACAUCUAGAAACUGCAAAGUUGUUGCUGCAAACAGUGGAACAGAUUUUCUCUUCGCAAAAUUGUACUGAAGUAGUUGCAAAGGGUAAAACAGCAACUAAGACUUGGCACCGACUGUAUAACAACCGUAACCCUGAACCUUUGCCUGAAUAUUUACAUUUAUCAGGAGACAUACUGCUUCAUGUGUUCGAAUAUUUGGAUGCGCGCUCAUUAGCCACAGCAUCUGCGGUUUGCAGGGCUUGGAACGUUAUUGCAACUGAUGGUAAAAUUUGGCGGAAUUGGUUCUUAUAUGUCUAUGGCACGUCAAAUCUCAGAGAGGAUCUUAUGACUGCAGCCGAAAUACGUGAAGAUAUUAUCCCAGACAGUAACAGACCAACUAUCUUAAAGAAACCAUCAAACAAUGCAGUUGGGUACUGGCGCAAAGCUUUCAAUCUGUGCUCAAAAGGUCGUUCGCCACAUUUGUCUACGUUGAAUAGAGCUUAUUGUCCAACUUGCAAAGAAGUGAUAUGGUUGAGAGACCCCCCUUGGAAACCUGCCAAAGGCUUGUGUGUUACACGAGAGCAGGUCUUGGAAUACCAUUCACCUAGACCAAUUUCUGUCAGCCAGGUGGUAAGGUUUGUUGUGAGCAUGGCCCGCGUUUCAGACUCUUGCAGUAGAGAUUCUGAUGACGAUGAUGAUCACAAUUUAGAAAAUAGCUUCCUUGAAUUAUAGAGCAUGCACGUGUUUAGGUGUUUUACAGCACAGGUUGCUUAUGAAUUGACAGCUUCUCUUUUUUGAGUUAUUCUACUUAUAUUGAUUUCCUAAUUUUCUUUUUGGUUCAA